AUGAAUGUUGCCAGGCGUGUGUUUGACGGUGCGCGCAAGGGCCAGCGGAUCGUUGCAAAUGUUUACCAGUCCUCGACGCCCAAGCCCUCGGGCUACUCCAUGACCUUGCUCUUAUCCCACGCCAACGGGUUCCACAAGGAGCUCUGGGAGCCGGUCCUUGAGCAGCUCUUCUCCGCCCAAUCGUCGCGGCCCUGGAGCAUCAGCCAGGCAGUCGCGAUCGAUUCGUACAACCACGGAGACAGCGCCGUUCUGAACCGCGAGUCAGUUGCGAUUGAGGAGUUCUCGACCUGGUUCAACAAUGCCAGCGACAUCCUGGCAGUUGUGCGGCAGCUGGGCGUGCGCCAGAACGUAAUUGGCAUUGGCCACUCGUGGGGUGCAGCAUCGAUGCUUUUGGCGGAGGAAAUCUCACCGCUGACGUUCUCGGGCCUGGUUAUUGCCGACCCGGUUCUGUUUAACCAGGUCGAGCUAAACCGCAAUUCGGCGAUCGUGAAGAUGACCAUGGGGCGGCGGGCGGAGUGGAAAGACGAGGAGGCUGCGCGCAAGUACUUUGAGCCGCACCCGUUCUUCAAGAUCUGGGAUAAGCGCAUUCUCGACCUGCACAUCAAGCACGGCCUAGAGGAGGUCGGCGGGAAGCUUGUGCUGAAGUGCCGGCCGAUUAACGAGGCUGGGGUGUUCGCAGGCGCUAUGAUUGCAUCGCCAUAUGCAACCUGGAAUAUCUGGAAGGUGCAGUGCCCGACCGUGUUCUUGACUGGCGAGACAUCACAGCCAGUCAUCAAGCCAAUUAACGACUGCGAGCACUAUGUCAUGAAGGGCAGAGGCCAUUUGCUGCUGCAUGAGGAUCCCGAUCAGACUGCGCAGUAUUUUGCAAAGUUCUUUGACGGCUUCGCCACGAAGCUGAGCCCCAAGGCUAACCUCUAG